AUGACGGACCAAACAAAAACACGAGAAACCAAGAGUUUGGUACGGGCUUACAGUAUGGAGGCCCCAGCAAGGUCGUCCCUUGAUAGUCAUGGCAUUGUCCUUGGUGAAGUCUUGAACAGCCGUGUUGAUGGUACUGCCAGAGAGGAUAUUGCACAGCCGUGGAGGAGGUUCUUUGAGCCACAACAAGCAGCCAUAGCCAGUGAACCCACUAUUACUAUCCUCUCUGUGGAGGCCACAAAGUUACGAAACAAGUGGCUCGAGCACUAUCAUCAAUCAACAAAAGAAGAGAAGGCAGAUCUGGGAAAGUACGAGCCGUCCAUCGAGAGCGUCUCGCAAAUGAUAAAAGACAUGCUCUCAAGCUGGCAAGGCAAACGCACACGCGGCAUUGGCGGGAGCCUAGCUACCAAAUUCCACAGAUUCUGCAACACGCUGAACGGCCACCGCUCGUUGUUGAAACUCCUCCCAGAAGGAAAUGAGUACGUUUCAUUGUUCACUGGUGCUCUCACAUCCCUGGUGCAGGCGAGUGUCAAUCAUGAAAGGAUAGCUGAUAGCCUGGUCGAUUCUCUUUGCUUGAUUAGUGAGAAUAUUGAGGAGGCUAGCACUGAGCUCCAGCUGUUUCCGAUCGACAGCAUUCAGGCGCAAGUAGCCGACUUAUACAGCCACAUCUUCUUAUUCUUCUCUACUGUCCUGGAUUGGCUCAUGAAGAAACGCAUAGUAAGGAUACUUAAUUCAUUCAAUGAAAAUGUGGCAAAGCGAUUUGAAGAAGACAUCGUUUUGAUCAAAUCAAAGUCUGCUGCACUACGAAACUCUGCAGCUCAAAGCUCCCGAGCUGAACUCAGAGCGACCAGGCUGUCAGUCGAGGAAAUGGGAAGGGAUCUGAGAAUGGGGUUUGAGGGUGAGGCUCGACAUCUACGAGAAAAAGAAUAUUAUGACAGGAAGCUAGAACACGAGCUCAGGGAGGCUAGAAAGGACUUGAGGGAACAAGGGAAACGUUUCGAAAGAUUGCUUGACUAUACUCAGUUCAUGCUCCAGCAUGUGGGAACAGGAUUCGCAUUCGAAGCACCGCUGCCCGGAAAAUUUCUAUCCAACGAGGCUCGUCGGCCCCACGAAUCGUUCAUUGUGCACCUCGAUGACGGUGGACGGCCUUGCAUUGAACUCGGCAUACUUGGAGAGUCUCUUUGA